AUUACCUACUCACACAGCCGCAAGAUGCUACCAGAUGAUUAUAUAUGUGGGUCCCUGCAGCCACUUUGAGAAGUGAAACAAACCAAAACCCGCUGGGCAAGUUGCCGCGACCAGUUCAGGCGGGAGAUGACCAGCAAAGGCCGGAGUGGGGAGGGGUCGUCGCGUAAACGGGCCUAUAUAUAUACGGCCCAGUUGCAAUUUCUUCGGCCAGUUAUGGAAUUGAGGCCUACUGUGGACAGUCUGGAUCCAUCCCACGAGUCUGAAUCGUCGGGCAGUGAAACCCCUGCAGUCUUUUCCCCGCAGGCAAGUCCGGAACCAAGCCCGGCUCAGGACCCAGAAGACUCCACGCAGGCUGAGGCCCCCCUACCACUGGCCAGUCCACCCAGGAUUGUCCAGUCUCAGCCCAGACGGCGCCGCCAAGUCCCUCCCUCUACCUCUGGGCCAGAGAGUCGGGAGGUUAUUGAUGCACGCGUCAUCGAUUUUCUGGCCCAGAGGAGGAGUGAUAGCAAGGAGGAGAAGCUGUUGAGGGGACUGGGCACGCUCCUGCAGCAGGUUCCUACAAAUGAACAUCCGGACUGCGUGGCCUCCAUAGCCAUCGUCAUAAAAAUGUUCGCUUGCCCCAACCAUGGGGACAUCAUUGGGCGAUUAAAUAAUAUGCGCAUUGAGGUUGAAAAUGCAGGCCAGCAGCCCAAUCCGGCCCCAUACCAAUUCCCUCCCCAACCCACCCAAGGCCCUUCUUAUGCCCCCCUCAACAGUACCUUCCACCUCAGGGGCCAAGUCAUUCUGUGGGGCAGCCCCUUUACCAUCCCAGUCUAG